AUGGCGACUGUAAACUACGUUGGUAAACUAAACGAAUACGCAAACACGCGUAAAUUUGAAGUGAGUUACGAAGAAAUCCGCUCUGACGGACCGCCACAUGAUAAAGUAUUCUACCUGAGGGCAGUCAUAGAUGGUAAAGCCUACCCCAGUGGUGAGGGGAAGACCAAGAAGGAAGCAAAGCAAAAUGCAGCAAAAAAUGCUCUGCAAAGCCUGUCUCAGCUUGGUCAUCAGGACUCGGUGGAAUCUAGAAACAAUGCAGCAGAAGCUUCAGAUCAGAUGGUUCUUAGCUCUAAGGACACCAGCUUUACAGAGACAGAUUUCAAAAGUCUUGUCAACCGCUAUUGUCAGAAAACCAAAUGUUCCCAUUCAUAUGUUGAAGUGAAGAAAGAUGGCCCCUCUCACAUUCCUCAUUUUAUCUACAAAUUAAUAAUUGACAACAAGGAAUAUCCUGUGGGUGAAGGGAAGAGCAUCAUGGAAGCCCAACAGAAAGCAGCAGAGUUAGCCUGGUCUGCUCUUCAGGAACAGCCAGACUGGGACAGCAAGAGAAACAAUGAGGCAGAAGCUUCAGAUCAGACGGUUCUUAGCUCUGAGGACACCAGCUUUACAGAGACAGAUUUCAAAAGUCUUGUCAACCGCUACUGUCAGAAAACCAAAUGUUCCCAUUCAUAUGUUGAAGUGAAGAAAGAUGGCCCCUCUCACAUUCCUCAUUAUAUCUACAAAUUAAUAAUUGACGACAAGGAAUAUCCUGUGGGUGAAGGGAAUAGCAUCAAGAAAGCCCAACAGAAAGCAGCAGAGUUAGCCUGCUCUGUUCUUCAGGAACAGUCAGACUGGGACAUCAAGGUGUCCUUCAGGCCAACAGCAUCGGAAGAUGGUGCUCCACCUGAAUCAUUAGCAUCAUCAGUUACACAGUUUACUUCAGAAUUUGAACCCUUGAAGCGUCUUGGUAAGGGGGGCUUUGGUUCUGUUUACAAAGUAAGACAUAAACAGUUGAAGAUAGAAUAUGCUGUGAAGGUCGGCUGCUAUAAAGAAAAAUCUCUUCGAGAGGUGAGAGCAUUAUCAGACCUCUUCCACCGUAACAUUGUUAGAUAUUACACGUUCUGGAUGCAGGAUACUGGAUACGAGUGGGACCUUAGAGGUGACAGUUAUGACAGUUACGCUUCUUCACACCAUGAAGGUAACUCAGAGUCAAAGUUCCUGUAUAUUCAGAUGGAAUUAUGUUCCGAAAACACACUGAGAGACUGGAUUGAUGAGAAGAAUAAAGAGAGUGUGCAAGACUCCAAGCGAAGAGAAGAAAGUCUGAGAAUUGCUCAAGAAAUAGUUUGUGGAGUCGAGUAUAUUCACUCCAAGAACCACAUCCACAGAGACCUUAAGCCUGCAAACAUCAUGUUUGGAGUGGAAGGAGAAGUGAAGAUUGGGGACUUUGGUCUGGUCACCAGUGAUGAUGAUGAUGAAGAGAGAACAGUGUGCAAAGGAACUCCUUCUUACAUGGCUCCUGAACAAAGGAGUGAGAGGAAGUACGACAGAAAAGUGGACAUGUUUGCUUUGGGGCUGAUAUUCUUUGAACUCCUUUGGAAACUUUCUACUGGCUCAGAAAGAGCAAAGAUUUGGCCUGACGUCAGAAGGCAGAGGUUCCCCGAAGACUUUUCAGUGACUUUUACCAAAGAGAAGCAAAUUAUUAACUCAUUGUUGUCUGAGAAAUCAGAAGACCGACCUGAUGCCAGUGCCGUGAAGGCAGAGCUUGAAGAGUGGACUCAGAUAUUCAACUCACACAAAGCAUCUCGCCAGGAAAAUCAAACUGUCUGAUAGUCACAAGAGAAAUGUUACAAAAGUCAC